AUGAAUGAGACCUUCAUUACCCUAAUCCCAAAGGUUCAAGGUGCCCAUAAAUUUGGGCAUUUCAGACCUAUUAGCCUAUGCAACUUCUGCUACAAAGUUAUUUCAAGAAUCUUGGUGGCAAGAUUACGUCCACUGCUGGAUAAGCUAAUAGACCCUGCACAAACAGCUUUUGUCCCUAACAGAAACAUAGCAGAAAAUGUUCUGUUGGCCCAAGAAGUAGUGCACUCUUUCUCCACCACCAAGAAGAAAAAAGGGUUUGUGGGUUUGAAGUUAGACUUCCAAAAGGCUUAUGACAGAGUAGAAUGGCCCUUCCUAAUCCAGGUUUUAAAAAAUUUUGGUUUCCACCAGAAGUUUAUUCACCUCAUAUAUCAAUGUAUCUCUAUUGUGAGUUUCACUCUUUUACUAAAUGGGGGAAAAGGCCCUAGAAUCAUGCCUUCGCGAGGCCUAAGACAAAGGGAUCCCCUAUCCCCUUAUCUUUUCAUUAUUGGAAGUGAAGUUCUUGCCAGAAUGAUUAAUAGAUGCUCAGCCCAAAGAUUAAUAAAUGGCAUUAGGAUUGCCCCAUCAAUAGCUGGAAUCUCCAAACUCUUCUAUGCAGAUGAUGUUUUAUUGGUCUGCAAGGCAAAACAUUCAGAGAUUAAUGAGAUCAUGAACAUCUUGGGAAAAUAUUGUGAUUGGUCAGGCCAGCAAAUCAAUUUUGAGAAGUCAGGGGUCUUUGCUUCAAAAGGGGUUCACUCUCAAUUCCUAAAUCAGCUUAAGAAUCAAAGAGGGUUAAAGAAACUUUCCCAAGGUACUAAAUACUUGGGUGUCCCUCUUUUUCUCUCAAGUAGCAAGAAGAAGGACUUUACUUAUCUUAAAGAAUCCUUGGAAUCUAAGUGGAGCCCAUCAAAGAAUUCAAACCGGUACUUCACUCCUCUUGCUUGGGACAACUUAUGUCAGCCUAAAUGUUUGGGUGGCCUUGGUUUUAGGCACUUUUCAGAUACCAAUUUGGCCCUCCUGUCCAAAGUAGCUUGGUGGAUUCUAAUUCAGUCUAAUAAACCAUGUGUGCAAGCACUUAUUGCUAAAUACAGGGUGAGAAGAAAUUGGCUUGAUGCGGAUCCUUCCAAGAAGGCUUCUUGGACAUGGAAAAGUGUGGAAUCAGCCAGGCAUAUUCUUAUGGCUGGAGCUUGUAAGCAAGUUAUCAAUUGGGAAAGCAUUCUCACGUGGGAAGAUCCUUGGGUCCCGGACCUUCCUAACUAUAAACCAGUUCCAUUGUCUCCUGAUAAGCUAUCUAGUUGCUUGGUGGUGUCUCAGAUCCUAUCACCAGAUAAAUCAAGAUGGGAUGAGUCGAAACUCUAUGAAUUAUUCACUGUAGAAUCAGCCAUGACUAUCAUGAGAAUUCCAGUCAAAGUGAGUCAUAGGGUGGACAAAUGGGUAUGGGUAAAAUCCCAUAAUGGCAAACUUUCAAUGAAGUCGGCAUAUAAGGAACUUCUUGAUCAUUCUGAGCCCAAUGAGUCUGACCAGAUAUUCUUCCAACCAAGGAAAAAUUGGCAAGAUUCUUUUCUAGCCAUGGAUCCUAAGUGUCCCCUAUGUGAUGCCUCACCCGAAUCCUCCUUACAUCUAUUUGUCUACUGUCAUGCUGCAAGAUUUUUGUGGGCUGGCAAUGAGUGGGGCUGCAGACCAGAUGCAUUGCAGUUUGACUGCCCAGGUCAGUUUGUAAAAUUUCUCUUAUCCCCCCAAGUCUCUUCCCAUGGCACUUUUGACAAGGAGGGUUUCCUUUUAUUCGGGGCUUUGGUGUUGGAGAAUCUGUGGCCUGAGCAAGGAGCUGUUAAAAUAAAUUGUGAUGCAGCGGUGGGGCUAGAUCACUCAUUUAUUGCCAUUGUGGCGAGAGAUUGGAGAGGGGAUUUGAUUUUUUCCAUGUCCAAACGGGUGAAAACCAACAUCCCCAUCCAAGCAGAGGCUGAAGCCAUUAAUUUGGCGACUUGUGUUACUGUUAACCGCGGGUUUGAGUUUGUAGUGGUUGAGAGCGAUGCCAAAGCCUGCAUUGAUGCUCUCAAAGUCCCCUUUGAUGAAGUGCCUUGGAGAAUUUCAUCCAUUACAGCUGAUACUCUUUUGCUGGCAUUCCAUGGUAAGAAGUUUGUUUUCAGGUGGAGUCCAAGAGAUUCAAACAAAGCAGCCCAUGUUUUAGCUUCUUGGUGCCUUGGGAAAAAUUUAUCUGGAUGUUUUGGUCAGGGUUAUGCUCCUAGCCCUUUUUUAGAUGUUAUUAAUUCUGACCUCUUAGCAGCUGUAGCUGCUGGCUAG